CUUAGUUACCAGUUUCAAAGCGGUAUAAUUCUACUGAUAAAUGUAAACAAAGGAUAUCCUUAGUUUUACAAGAUUAUAAAUAUUUUAGAGGUAGUUAAAUCGGUAUUUUUUUUCUCCUAUUAAAGGGGAAAUAGUAAAUCUUUCCGAGAUGGCUGAUCGUUCUGUUUAUAUUGAAGAUUCUUUAAUAUAUUAUUGUAGAGCUAGAAUGUACCGUACUAUGCAGAUCGCAGCUGUUGAAGGAAUAAAGAGAUAUCCAGAAGAUCCUGUAUAUAAACUAUAUUACUGUGUUUCGCUUAUAUAUGAAGAUCGAAAUGGAGAGGCCGAAGAAGGUUUAAACGAAAUUGAAGAUUUUCCUGAUGUUUCACUGGCCUGCAGCAUUCUUCUGGGGCACAUUCAACAACCUCAAGAAUCAUUUGACAAUAUACUCAGAGGAAAAGCCAAAGAACAUCUUGAGGUGGGUGGUGAAAUGGCUAUGUAUAUUGCUGGCAUUCUUUUUGUUCUCUUGAACAAGCCAGAGAAAGCAAAGCAAUUUAUUAAAAGAGUACUGAAAGUUCCCUCUUUAAGUAAAAAAGCUGCAGUUCUAAUGGGUUGGAUUGAUUUACUUACUCAUGAUGGUUCUCCUUCUAAGGAUGUUUGGAAAUAUUUUGAGAGUUCAGAUAACUCAUCACCCGAGGCUGUAUUUGGUCGUGCUAAAUACUAUGAAAGACAAGAAAAUUACACUAAAGCAUUAGAAUACUUAAAUCAAGCCAUUGUUCUUUUUCCAAAAUAUCCACCAGCAUUUGUUGAGAAAAUGAAAAUCCAUUUAGCUCUAGAAGAUUGGGAUCAAACUUUAGUUGCUGCACAGAGAGCAAUGCUUCUUGAUGGGAAUAAUAUAGAAGCUUCAAGGUUCAAACUUAUGCACUUAUUAACACAAGGAGGCAAGAUUGAUGAGAUUGAGGAAGCUGUAAAAACAUUGUAUGUAACCAUGAUGAAAUGCGAACCAAAAAAUGCAGAAUUAUUUUUUGAAACUGCUCAACUUUUAUCUAGAUUAUCUGGAUUACAAAAGCAAGUCAUCGAAGCAACUUUUUCAAUGGCAAAGAAAGCGUCAGAAUUGAAACCAAACGAUCCUGAUAUCAAUGCAGAAUAUGGAUAUCAAUAUCUCUACUUAGGCAAGGCUGCUAAAGCUCUUUCAGUAUUUAAAACUCAUGCUUGUGACAGAUCUGUUACAGGUUCUAUACAGUGUCUUAUAUCACAGGGAGAGUAUAUUCGGGCUAGUGAACAAGUACAAGUUUUCGAAGAAUGUGGAACUGAUUUUUCACCGGAAACUUUAUAUUUAUCAGCUUUCCUGUCAGACUACAUGACGAGUUCUUCAGAAACUGUUAUUAAUUACUUAAAUAAUGCCGUGAAACUACAUUUAAAUGCUUUAAAGGGAAUUCCAUGGAGUGUCCAGUUUUACAUAUCACUGCAACCUCUUUUAGUUCGUGAUAUUUGUCAAUUAAUAAUUUUACAUGCUCCCAGCCAGGCCCCAAAUUCUAAAUCUGUGUUUGGGGAGUGCUUGAAAUUAUGUAAAACAGUUGUUCAGACUAUUCACACAUCUUGUCCUGGUUUUCGUGGAUUUUCAACUGCUGUGAUGUUAGCUAACUUAAAAAUGCUUGAAGGUGAUUAUUCCACUGCAAAAUCUCUUUUAUACCAGUCAGUGGAUAAAGAAGAUAGCAAUCCAGAAGGACGAAUAGUCAUGGCUGAACUACAUUUAAAAGAAGGAAAUUUAUAUGCUGCCAGUCACUGUUUGGAAGUAGCAUUGAGUUUUAAUUUUGAAGUUAGAGAAAAUUUUGAUUAUCUGAUGAUAAAAGCAGAGAUUCAAAGACAGCAAGGAUUAUUGACGGAUGCAGCUGAAACAUUGAAUUUUGCCAAAACCGUAGCUUUUCCUGUAAAUAAAAAAGAAGAUGAUUUGAAAAAUGAAAAAAGAAUACCACUUUCUAAAAAGAUAAACUUAUAUGUUCAACUUAUUAAAAUAUAUUGUGAUCUGAACAAGCAAGAUGCUGCAAAUGCUGCUAUACAUGAAGCUAACACGAUUUUCCGUGACACUCCAGAGUUUGAUCGCCUUCGAUUUGCAGUUGCUUAUUUUGCAUUAUCUCGUAAUGAUAUCAAUUGUGCAUUAAAGAUUUUAGAAGAGAUUAAGCCGGACAAAGCAUGUUACUUUGAAGCUUUACAGCAAAGAGCAGAAAUACAUCUAAAUCAACGAAAAAAUCGAAUAAAAUACAUUAAUUGCUAUAAAGAAGCUGUGAAAGAAAUGAAUACUCCAGAAACGCUGAACCUACUAGGAGAUGCAUAUAUGAAAAUUCAAGAACCUGAAAAAGCAGUUGAGUCUUAUGAACAAGCUCUUAAACAGAAUCCAAAAGAUAGUGAUUUAGCAAGCAAAAUAGGUACAGCUUUAGUCAAAACGCACAAUUAUGAAAAGGCUGUAACUUACUAUAAAGCAGCUAUUAAGAGUGGUGGACAAGAAAAUUUAAGGUUUGAUUUGUGUUCCUUAUUGUGUGUGAUAAAGCGCUACAAAGAAGCUGAGGAGCUGAUUAAUGCUGCUCUCGAGAGUGGCCGUGGAGCUGAUAAUCUCAAUUGGUUAGCUAUGGAAUCCAAAUAUUUGUGCCUCUUAUCCGAAGUUUAUUCCAAAAUGGAAAUGGAAGAUCAGGCUAUGAGUACACUUCAAAAAGCAUGGGGUGUCCAAACUCGAGUGUUAAGAAAAGUUCAUAUGGAACAAGCAGAUGCUGAUGAACACCGGAAAAAAGCCAAAGAGAUUUGUUGCCAGUUAGCAAUUCAUGCAUCAAGAAAAAAAGACUAUGGUAGUGCCGUACAAUUUUACAGGGAAGCUCUUACCUUUGAUGAAAGUGAUACAGAGAUUCUUCUCGCUUUGGCAAGAUUGCAUAUUGAAUCACAUGAUAUAGACGCUGCUCGUCAGUAUUGUGCAACCGUUUUAAGUAAGGACAGUGAAAAUGUACCUGCAGCUGUUAUGUUGGCUGAUAUGAUGUUUGAAGCUGGCGAUCUGCAAUCAGCUAAAUUUCAGUUUCAAAAGUUAUUAGAUAUUAAACCAGAUUUCUAUGAAGCAAUUGCUAGGUAUAUAGAAGUUGUCCGUAGAUUGGGAAAACUGGAGUACGCUGAAAUGUGUUUAAAGAAAGCAGAAGCGAUUUCUAGCAACUUAAAUAUCGAUCCUGGUUAUUAUUAUUGUAAAGGUCUCUAUGAAUGGUAUACAGGGAAUACUUCAGAUGCAUUAAAAUGUUUCAAUAAAACACGCAGCAUUCCUUUGUGGGGACAAAUAUCUUUGUGUCACAUGAUUGAAAUUUGUAUUAAUCCUGAAAAUGAAAAUUUUGCUGGAGAAAAUGUUGACAUGGAUGGCGAUUUAAUAAUGAAAGAGAAAGCGAAUUCACAAGAAGGAAAUAUACGUACUGCAGAAAAGUUACUUUUGGAGUUGAAAUCCAAAUAUGGUGCGAAUUUGAAUACUCGAAUUUUCAGCAAUUUAAUUCGACUUGCUAAGCGAACGAAAUUAGAGGCAGAAGCGGCUUUAAAUGAUUUCAUUGAAAUUCUAACAGAUGAAAGAUAUAAAGAUCAUGCCGGCGCAAUUCUUGGCUCAGCGAUGGCUUAUCUAGUGUUGAAACAAACCCCUAGAGCUCGUAAUCAGCUGAAAAGAAUAGCCAAAACAACAUGGAACUUUAGUGACGCAGAGUACCUUGAAAAGGCAUGGCUGCUUUUAGCGGACAUUUACAUAAAGGCUGGAAAGUUUCCAUCAGCAUCUGAAAUGCUUGAUAAAGUGUUGCUAUACAACAAGUCAUGCACUAAAGCCUAUGAUUUAUACGGGUACAUCGCUGAAAAGGAGCAAAAUUACAGAGAUGCCGUGAAAAAUUUUGAAAAGGCUUGGCUACUUACUAGUAAACUAAAUCCUGUUAUUGGUUACAAAUUAGCAUUUAAUAAUAUGAAAGCUAAGAGAUAUGCCGAAGCUAUAGAUGUCUGUCAGACAGUUCUAGGUAAAUAUCCAAAUUAUCCAAAGAUAAGAAAAGAAAUUUUAGAGAGAAGUCGAACAUACCUAAGAACAUAAGCAAAUAAGUUUUGCUUUCCGCAAGGCAUGUAAAAUGUUGCACUUUUCCUCAAAAUUUUAUCUCUCUUUCAUCCUACACAAUAAAUGAAAGGUUGAAAUAAAGAUAGCAUCUGGAAUUAAAGCUUUUAUUUUCUUGUCAAAUGUAAAAUUAAAAGUUAAAAUUUAUUGAUUGUAAAAAAUAUUUAUUAUGUUUAUAUUUGAAGUAUUUUUCUGAAUAAAUGAUAUGUAAUUGUAAUACUGGUAAAUAAUAGCCUGUGUAAUAAUAAUAAUAAUAAAGACUUAAUUUAUUUUGUGAUUAAUAAUUCCUUAUUAUAAAUUUUACUGGUUAAGACAUAUUCUUCUUUAAUACACU